AGAAUACGCAGCAUCGGGCCUUGGAAAGCAACCAACAAUACCUGUCGUGGUAGCGGGGAUGGCGAAGCGAAUCGAAGAAAGCGACGAUAGUGGCAGUGCCAGUGAGAGCGGUAGCGGUAGCGGCAGUGGCUCAGGCAGUGGCAGCGAAUCUGGAAGCGACUCGGGCAGUGGUAGUGGCAGCGACUCUGGCAGUGGGAGCGACAGCGACUCCGAGAGUGGAAGCGGCAGCGGCAGCGGCAGCGGUAGUGACAGCGAGAGUGACGACGACAAGAAAGCCCCAGCCAAGCCGAAAGCUGCACCAAAGGCGAAACCUGCUGCAAAACCUGCCAAGAAGAAGUCUCCGUCGAAGCCACCCAAACCAGCCGUGAAGAAGUCUGCUGUGAGUAAGAAGGUGAUUGAGGACGAUGAUGAUGCUGGCAAGAUUGAAGAGAUUGACCCGGAGCGCCUCAAGGGGUUGAACGAAGUGGAGAAGGAAGCUCUCAUGCUGGAGCACUACGAGUCGCAGGCAAAGAAGAGCAAAGACAUUGCGUUGAAGAAGAAACUCGAGAGCGAGAGGGAAGCAUUAGACGAGGACAACGAAGUGGCAGGACGACGAUUGCGCAACAGGGACUCGGACAGCCGCAAGUCGGCGUUGUCGAACCUGAAAUCAAUCAAGCAAGGCGACAAGAGCUCCAAGUCGAUCCUAAGCAAGCGAUUUGGCGGUACGAACGGCAACGACGAUGGCUCCGAUUUCGACGAAGGCGAUGCAAACCGUGACGAGCUCGCCGAGAAGCGUCGCCGACGCAAGGAGUUGCAGCGCGCAAGUGCGACGGAAGCGUCGUCGUCGCACACGUCGGCGUCGGCAUCGUCGUCGGCUCGAACUGCAUCCAAGCAAGAAGACCCGAAUCACGUGGAGUUGCAGGAACCGGACCUGUCUGGGCCGUUGGAGCAUCGUCAUGCGCUGGCGUACCUCUUUAAACGCCGUGAGUGGUUCGAAAAGAACUUUUUCGAGCCAUUUUUUGACAAACUCGUCAAAGGAGCAUAUGUCAAAGUUAUCAUUGACGACGGGGCCGACGAAGGCGACCGCGUGUACCGGUUCUGCCAAAUCGUUCACAUGUGCUACGUGGAGAAGGAGUACGUGUUCGCCGGCGAGAAGACGAAGAAGGCGCUCAUGUUGGCGUACGGCAAAGACAAGCGGGCAUUCCCCCUCUCGGGCGUGUCGAACCACAGCCUCAUCGAACGCGAAUUCGAGCUGUGGCGCAUCCACUUGCAAAAGCAAGGGCUCUCUGUACCCACGAAAGACCAAGCGAAGAAGCAUUAUGCCGCCGUCAAGGCACUGCCGUUGAAGCACAAGUACACGGACGAAGAAGUCACGACCAUGGUGAACCGCAAAAAGGCGAGUGGGCUGACCCAAGUGUCGUUGGGGGUCGAGAUCGUGCGGCUUGAGCGGGACGUGGCGGCAGCCAAGACUGUGAACAACUUUGACAAGUCGAUGGAGUUGGAAGCGCGGUUGGCGCAGGCGCGGCAAGCGAACGAGCAGCGCCUGGCUGUCAAAACGGAGGACGUCGAACGCAUUAAUCAAAUCAACAAGCGCAAUCGAGAGAUCAACAUGAAACGCGACAUGGACGCGAGCGCUUCCAAUCGUGCGCAGAUGGAGAACAUGUCGGCCGCACAGAAGCUGCAGUACGUGCGCGCAUCGGCAUCGCGGAGGAUGUAUUUGUCCCGCGACAAAAUCGAGGCCAAUUUGGCUGAAGGCAAGUUGGUGCAGCUGCCGGAUGGCCGCAUCAUGACCGUCAACAAGUUGGUCGAAGUCGAGGCGUUGCCAGACGAUAUCAUCCCCGACAAGGCGAAAAAGUCCAAAGAGGAAGAUGUACUAGUCAAGAUGGAGCGCAAACGGAAGGCCCAGGAGGCGGCGGUCGUGGAGGCUCGAGUAAACGCGGUCGAAGUCCAAGGAGACGGCAAUGACAUUGCCCACAAGACAAUUCGGUACAUGGAAGACGAUGGAUCGUGGACGACAAUUCGGUCCGCAGCCGAGAUCUUGGAGGAGCAGGAACGCAAGAAACGCCCAGUUGUGUCGGACGAAGUGAAGAAGAACCGUCGAGGCAUCUCGAUGAAGGACUACUUCAACCGAGUCAAAGAACGCCAGGCCAACGGAGACAACGCCUCAUAAGACGAUGUCUAACUUGUAAACAUUCAUAGCUGCAACAGCGAGCAGCCGAGUAGAAUUAUAGAUUAAUCCGUUUGGGAGCCACGCAUGCCGACGUUGUGAUGUCGGCGAAAGCGAAGUGCUCGAUCAAUCCCUCGAUGGCAGGUCAAUGCCCCCAUAGAAAACGACAACAACUUUACAUGCUAGUACUUCUUCAU